AUGAAGGAAUCUGUCUCUCACCAGGCUCCAAAAGUCAUUAAGAAGCUACAGUUUAGUCUGCUGAAUGCCCAGGACACUGUGAAGUAUGCCGAGUUCGAAGUUACCCAUCGCGAUCUAUACACACACAACGAACGACUUCCAGUGAAGGACGGUGUACUCGAUCGUCGUCUGGGAACCACAGAGAAAAAUGCUUUUUGUGAGACGUGUGGUCAAGCCACUAUCGAUUGCGUCGGUCAUUAUGCGUAUAUCAAGCUGGUCGUUCCCGUCUUUCACAUUGGUUACUUCAAACAUACGAUCGGAAUUCUUCAGUGUAUCUGUAAGACAUGUGCCCGCGUUCUUCUUGAAGAACCCGAUCGCCGUAACUUCAUCAAACGUUUUCGAAGGCCAAACCUAGAAAAUAUGCAACGACAGGCUUUGACCAAGGCAGUCAACACGAUGUCCAGAAAGACAGUGUACUGUCCAUACUGUUCGGCUACCAACGGCGCAGUGAAAAAGGCAGGAGCCUUGAAAAUCAUCCACGACAAGUUUCGCGCGAAAAAAACCGCCGAAGAGAUGGAAAAAUGGAAAAAGUCAUUUGCGCCAGCUCUCGAGGAGCAGAAGGAUCUCGCGCUGUAUCUGAAUAAGGCUGUACAUGAAGACCUCAACCCAUUGAAAGUUCUGGAUCUUUUCAAGCGGAUAUCAGACGAGGACUGCGAGCUGCUCGGCAUGCAACCUAAAUUCGGUCGCCCAGAAGAAUUCAUCUGGCAAUAUAUCUCUGUUCCCCCAGUUUGCAUCCGACCGUCCGUUGCACAAGACGGCGGAUCAAACGAGGACGACCUUACCGUCAAACUGACUGAAAUCGUUUUCACAAACGCGGUCAUCAAACAAGGACUAGCAAGGGGUGUUCCUACCCCACAAUUCAUGGAACAGUGGGACCUGCUUCAGCUUUCUGUCGCAAUGUAUAUCAACUCUGAGCUCCCUGGAGUACCAUCUCAAAUGGGAUUGAAACCUAUUCGAGGUUUCGUGCAACGACUUAAAGGGAAGCAAGGUCGUUUUCGUGGCAAUUUAUCCGGAAAGCGUGUGGAUUUUUCCGGACGUACCGUUAUUUCCCCUGAUCCCAACUUACGAAUUGACGAGGUCGCUGUGCCGCAGCGCGUUGCACAGAUACUGACCUAUCCCGAGCGCGUCACGUCACAUAAUAUUGAAGCACUGCAGCAAGCAGUUCGGAACGGGCCAGAAAUUCAUCCUGGAGCCAACUUCGUGUCUCGUGGUCAGAAUAAGAAGUUUUUGAAGUUUGGGAAUCGGAAAGCCAUUGCAGAUGGGCUUGCUAUUGGUGAUAUAGUGGAAAGGCAUAUCAUUGAUGGUGAUGUUGCCCUGUUCAAUCGACAGCCAAGUUUACACAAGCUUUCAAUUAUGUGUCAUAGAGUGAAAGUACGGCCUUGGAGAACGUUCCGUCUGAACGAGUGCGUCUGUGGUCCAUACAAUGCUGACUUUGACGGUGACGAGAUGAACUUACAUAUACCUCAAACCGAGGAGGCUCGAACCGAAGCAUUGGAGCUAAUGAAUAUCAAACACAACCUUGUAACACCUCGUAACGGCGAGCCUGUCAUCGCAGCCAUCCAAGAUUUCAUUACGGCCUCCUACCUGCUUUCCCGCAAAGAUCAAUUCUUUGACCGUCGACAGGUUACCCAGAUAUGUUGCUAUAUGGCUGAUGCAAACCUCCAGAUUGACAUCCCACCCCCAACCAUCUUGAAGCCGGUUCGCCUAUGGACAGGCAAGCAGAUCUUUAGCGUCUUGAUGCGACCCAACCGAAAAUCCAAAAUCAUGGUAAACGUAGAAUCGAAAUGUCAUCGAUGGGAAGAGGCUAAGCCCGAAAAUUAUCCCGAUAGGAUGAAAUUGGCGAAAGAUAUGUCGCCUAAUGAUGGUUGGCUCGUCAUCGUCAACAGCGAGGUAAUGUGCGGGGUCAUGGACAAGGCUAUCGUUGGAAGUGGGAAGAAGAAGUCAAUUUUUGGAGUCAUCAUGCGGGAUUACGGUCCUCACGAAGCAGCAGCAGCUAUGAAUCGUCUCGCAAAACUGUGCGCACGCUGGCUAGCCAAUUACGGAUUCUCUCUUGGUAUCAACGAUGUCAUUCCUGGGCCUGAACUUUCGACAAAGAAGGAUGGCUUGGUCGAGGAAGCUUAUGCACAUUGCCAGCGUCUUAUUACCAAGGCAAAGAACGGAGAGCUCGAGAACAAACCUGGCUGUGAUCAAGAGCAGACCUUGGAAGCGGAGAUAUCUUCUGUGCUUUCAAAGGUCCGUGAAGCAGUGGGACAGAUAUGCAUGAAAGAGUUGAGCCGUCAGAAUGCCCCGCUUAUUAUGGCUACAUGUGGUUCCAAGGGCUCCGUCAUCAACGUCUCUCAGAUGGUGGCUUGUGUUGGGCAACAAAUUAUUGCAGGCCAUCGUGUCCCUAAUGGAUUCCAAGAUCGCUCACUUCCCCAUUUCCCAAAACACUCCAAGGAACCACCAUCCAAGGGCUUUGUUCGUAACAGUUUCUAUUCAGGUCUGGUGGCUACUGAAUUUCUAUUUCACGCCAUUUCCGGGCGUGAAGGUCUUGUCGAUACUGCGGUCAAGACGGCAGAGACGGGUUACAUGCAGCGUCGUCUGAUGAAAGCCUUGGAGGACUUGACUACGCAGUACGAUCUGUCUGUACGUAAUUCGACUGGUGGUGUGGUGCAAUUUCGGUAUGGAGACGAUGGUUUGGAUCCUGCGUGUCUUGAAGGGGACGCGCAACCACUGGACCUUGAUCGAGCUUGGCAAUACGCCACGGCCACAAGUCGGGUCGGUGCACCGCUGCUACCGUUCCAGAUUAUCGACCUCGUUGACACGGAGCUAGGAACGAAGCGAUUUACCACCGAGUGUACCCCGACUUACGUGGACUCCCUCAGAAAUUUCCUUGUUGAUAAUGUGGUCACAAAGCUCGCCCGUGCUCGAAGUGACCAAGGAAUGUACGACGCCACGGAGCGCUCAAGCGAAUGGGACGAGGAUACUGAUCUCUCAUUUGGUGCUUCUGAGGCCGCCAAAGCUGCCGUAAACAACAAGGUCAAAGUGACAACAAGGCAAGUGAAGACGUUCUUAGAUCUUUGUUGGGUCAAGUACGUGAAAGCUCGCAUCGAGCCAGGUUCCACUGUAGGAGCUGUUGGAGCUCAAUCCAUUGGCGAGCCAGGAACUCAAAUGACAUUGAAGACUUUCCAUUUUGCUGGUGUCGCCUCUAUGAACGUAACUCUCGGUGUCCCGCGUAUCAAAGAAAUUAUCAAUGCCGCUAAGGCGAUCAGCACACCUAUUAUUAGCUGCAAACUAGUUACUGCUGAUAGCGAAGCUUCCGCGCGAAUCGUCAAAGGUCGACUGGAGAAGACGCUGCUGGGUGACAUAUCUAGUGUUCUAGAAGAAGCAUGGGCUCCUGAGUAUACCUACAUCGGUGUUUUGGUUGACACGGACGCCAUCCAAAAACUUCAACUCGAACUGACGCUCGACGAUAUCAAAUGGGCAAUCGUUGCAGCGAAGAAACUCAAGAUCAAGCAAGAGUCAAUCACUAUCAUUCCAAGAAAGAACAGACUCCGUAUAUACGUUGACGGUGUAGACAAGUUCUAUCGACUGCGUGAACUAAAGCGAACUCUCGCUGACGUUGUGGUCAAGGGUGUGCCCACUAUCCAUCGAGCGGUUAUCAACAUUAAGGAAAAGGAUGAUCAGAGAGGCAAGAAAGGAGACAAGGAGCUUCUAGUUGAAGGCUAUGGUUUGCAAAAAUGCAUGAUCACUGAAGGUGUCAUCGGAGAACACACUUCAUCAAACCAUGUCAUCGAAGUCGCCCAAGUCUUGGGCAUUGAGGCUGCCCGCAGGACCAUCAUCAACGAGAUUCAGUACACCAUGAAAUCGCACGACAUGAACAUUGAUCCUCGUCAUGUCAUGUUGCUCGGAGAUGUGAUGUCCUAUAAGGGUGAGGUGUUGGGCAUCACCCGUUUCGGUGUCGCCAAAAUGAAAGACAGCGUGUUGAUGCUGGCUUCAUUCGAAAAAACCACGGACCAUCUUUUUGAUGCGGCUGCGUUUGGGAAGAACGACAGCAUUUCGGGAGUGUCUGAAAGCAUCAUCAUGGGUAAUGCCGCUGCUGGCUGUGGUACUUCGAUGCCACACCUGGUUUCUGUCGCACCUUCACUUAGCAAACCUAGAAAAUUGCUCUUCGAAGACGCAUUAUAA